AUGGCUCUUGAAGAACUUAUUCCAACCAUUCACAAGAAAAAAAUGCAAUGGAUAUCUUAUACCUAUCACGAAACCGAAGGCGUAUAUGGAGGCCUGAAAGUAAAAACACUUAUGGAAAAGGUACUCAAGGUACAUAUCGAUAUGCCAGCUCAUCAAUUGAAAAUUUUGUAUAUAUCAGAUGUAUUAAAUCAUCGAAGUGAGACUUCAGUACCCGCGAGCAAAUUACCCAAAAGAAGCUCAACCUCUACCAUUCAGACUUCAGAGCCAGUGUACAUAAUAACCCCGAGAACACAAAUAAUGACACUGCAUAAAGAAUAUCGGCUUGUUUACAUAAUCGAUCUAAGCUCAAGUCUAGCAACAGUUGGGAAUACUAAUGCAGAUCUUUUGAUAUCUGUUGUAUUUAAAACUAUGCGCGAUUCUUUGAAAGGUCUUGUUCAGCCCUUUUCUUUGCAAAUUUCUGACGAAGAAAAAGCAAUCAUACGGCCGUCGCUCUGUUUGACUGUCAUGGCGGACUGCUCCCAAUUUGCAUCAAAUGUUAAUAUUAUCCCAAUGCUUGUAGCACACCCAACUAUGCGUGUCUUUAUGCAAAACGCAAUAAUAACCACCCAGAAUAUUGACCACAUAAUUGACAAGCUGUAUGCAGAGUUCCAAUCCUUCCAAGAAGACACAACAAGCUUCAGAAAGCUUUUAAAGCGCAGGCGCCCUAAUAUGGGAUACAACCUUGAUGUUAGUGGAGAAGUGCUGGACGCAACUUCACUACCGUCAAAUAUAGGUAUAGCACAAGGUACAGAUCACGAAGCUCCAAGGCGGAGCAAGACUGAUCAGCAGAAACCAGGCAUAAAGAAAGAAGAGCCCUCUUACUAUGCGUCUAAAAAGGAAGUGUGGGGAAUCGGGAAAUCCGGUGCAAAUAUCUCCAGGAUUCUGCAUGCUGGAUAUUUUGCUCUGAGCUUGCUACCUCAAGAAGGAAGACCACAACUCAUAUUAAUCACAGACGGAGCGAUGAAAUCCAACGUUCACGAUAAUACUUUUGUGCAACAAUUUGCAGGAGAAGAUGUUACAUGUCAUAUAGUGCAAAUUGGCUACAAGGAUAGUUUUAUUCCUGGCAGAAAUUUUGGGUUUUUACCAGACAAUGAGAUUCUACGUUUCUUAUCUCGUGCGACAGGAGGCACUUUUAUGUUUUCAGAGGAUUGUGAAGAAAUAAGAGACUCCGAUAUCCAGAAAUCUAGUGCGACAGACAGAACUAGCAGACAGAAUUCAGAAUCUGGAAAGGACGCUUAUGAAGCUAUACAAAUUGUACCAUCUGCUGAUACAAAAUGCCCUUCGCCAAAUGGUUAUCACCAAAGAUUCCUCUUCAGAGAAACAUAUCUGUCAAAGCACGGAUAUGAUUAUCAGUCCCAGUCUUGCGACAAUCAAGACCAUAAGAAUAAUUUGCGAGAUCUGUCAGGAGCAUCCGGCGUAGAGAUUGGCAGGGAAAUAUCAGCGAAACAUAACUUCCCUUGGGAUCCCAACGCAAAUCCACCAGAAAACGAUUGGAGACUUUUAAAAUACCGAGAAUAUCUUUUGCCAGCAGAGUUUUCACAUAUUAUAGCUGCAAGAGCCAGAGAAGGAUUUUCACUACAAUCGGUUACAUUUGAUAAUGGAAACGUAACGACUAAGUCGAGCCCCGGAAUAAAUAACCUAGGAGCAUUAGAUUUUGACUCUGUCAAGAAAGAACGGAUACAGAUCAGUAUGGUACUAUAUUGGCAGCCUAAUGUUACGAUUGAGUACAGAAUCCGCGCUACAUGGCUUCCUUCAGUAAUUGGUACACCUGGAAGCUUAAACGGCGAAACGCUGUUGCUUUCAAGUGGAAUAUUUUCUCGAGCAAAAAUACCAAGAGCAGAGAUUUUGGUCCGGACAGACACAGGAUUUGCACAUAUGCUUCAAAACUGGGAUGUAUUCCGUCGUCGAGCGCAGAUGAUGGGUGUAGUAACUGGCUCGAUAUACUUUGGCGAAUCCUAUGCUGCCCCAGCAUAUGCUAAAAUUGAGAAACUCAAGUCAUAUCUCAUUAAUAUCUUUGAGGGUGACGAAACAUUGAAAACUAUCAUUGGAUUCAAUAGCAAAUUUCUCUCUAAUUGGACAACUGGAGAUACUACUAAGUUGGCUCCACAACUGUCUCCGCGUUAUGAAAAUUCUCUGCGACGUAGCGCUUUUCUAGAAGCUUUUCAGACGUUUUGGGAAAAAAUCAAUGCAGCAGAACACAGAAGCCGCACGCGCUGCUGGUAUGAUUAUAAUUGCUUGGACUUGUUGAUUGGAGACGUAUCACCUUACAUGUCGCCAAGAUUUACAUCAACCUACAACCAAGACUUCGCCUUAAAUGUCGAGGAUGAGAUUAUGAAAGCAAUUCUUUCUUUAAAAGAAGUGAUAAGAGGAUGGGCAGAUUUUGAGAGUACAGACGGUACAUUUGUCAAUUUUAUACACGGAUUGCUGGUUAGUCCAUCUCAUGACGAAAAUUCAAAGGAUUAUUUUUCUGUGAACGUUGAAUAUCCCCCUUCUUUUUGCGAAUUACGAGUACGGCAAGAAUAUGGGAGACUUAUAUCUUUAAGAAUCUUAUUUUUUAAUGUGGAUGUAUUGGCAAGACGACGAACCUUUGAUAACAUCGUCAUGUUACUAAAAUCUUCGGAAAAGACAAAUGUGUCUUGCAACAAAAUAUGCCAAAGACCUUUCUCUAGUCUAUUGAUGCGAGAUCCAAAGCAUUUUCAAAACGGAGCUCCGAGUGGAUCAGAACCAAACCUGAAUGAUAGAAAAGAAACAAACAGAAGACAAAACGAAAAUAUCUGUCGAUCGAAAGCAUGGUAUCUUCCUGUUGCGAUGUGGUUAACGGGUGAAUACAUUGUUCGAGAUUAUCUUCAGCAUAUGGCAUGGUCAUGGCAAACAGACAACCACCAAGACCAAUUUCAUAAAGAAAAUCGAAUGAUGCCGAUUCACGAUCUUGCGUUUCAAUUCCUAUGCCAAGCUCGCCUAGAUCAGGGAUAUAAACUAGUAUCACCAUUCCCAGACAGCACUCAUUUCUACCAGGAAAUAUCCCUUCCAAAUCGGGAUGGCCGAGAGUCUCUGUGCGCAAUUCAAUAUUUUAUUUGGAAGGAUGCCGAUAACGGGAGAAUAACAACAGAGCUUUGGAUUGAGCCUAGCGGAACUCUAGCAUUUAACCAAUACGAACUUGUGAAGAAAUGGACUGUGGAUCCAGACAGGAAAACAAUAUCUCAACUCGUUACUUUUGAUCAAAUGCACGCGAUUGGAAGAUCAAAGGGAAAAGGCGACUUUAAAGAUAAACGAGAUGCAAGCAACGAUACCCAAAACAUGGACGAAGACACUGUUGUAAUGAGACUGCCUCAUUUGUUUGAUAUAUCGUAUGUGUUACGGAACAAUAAGUUUGUCGUAACCUCUUUCAAGUGUCCAAUAUACAAGACACAAGUGAUCGUCCAACAAGACGACUCUGAGUCAUUUAUUGAUGAUAGUUUUCCUUUUAACUCAGAAUUCUCGACCUCUGCUGAACUAAGUGACAAUGGAUCGGUAUAUAAUGUCGAGAAACACGGCCCACAGUUGAGUAAUGGAGUGAGAUCUACCAUACAUAGUGGACGAUUACCAACUAGUCCUGCGAGCACACUAUCACUACCUACAAAGUAUAGUGCAACUAAGGAGCUGUGUCCACGCCCAGAUCCAGUGUUGAGCCGUAGCAAGGAAGCGAUUGCACGUCUAAAUCCAAAAGCACAAAAUUAUGCCCUCAUGCAUUAUUAUAUCGAGAAUUCUAUGGAAAGAAUCACAGAUGGUGAGAUCGUCAUGUCGCACCACAACAAAAGGAAGAAUUUUUGGCGAGAACUACAAAAAGCAUUAAACAAAGCAACCAACCAUCACCUAUCAGGAGUGAGGAUGACUCCAAACCUUCAGAAACUACGUUGCUUUGUAAAAACAUUCGAUGAACGUUCUUUUGUUGUCGUUCUCCUACCAAGUCUAGAUGCAAUUGUAUCAGGACUUUCAGCAUUAUCAGACAGUUCUGCUUCAACUGAAGCAGGUGAUUUAGAGAUUGAUAAGGACGAUAUGUUUGUAGACUACUUUAUAUUCGAAUGCACACGUCAAAAGCCUAUGCGCCCGACAAGCAGCACAUUACUAUUCAGCAGUCCAUUAGAUGAAGCGAAUAGAUCACGUAUCGAAAGCUUGAAUUUUGAUGACGAUGUAACAAUGACAAAUAUAGAUUAUUUGAUCCAUCAACCAGAUGGACUUGGAGAGACAAUAAGACCACAAAUUAUCCAAGGAAAUUUUUCUAGCUGCUCUGGACAAGCUCAGAUAUCAGAAAAGUCACUUCGAGUGGCCCAAGAUAUUAUGCAUGCUUAUUCAAAGAGCUUUGUAAAGUCAUUUUAUACAUGUCUUUUGAGUGGAUUCCCUGUUAUUGACGACGACCUUUCGAAAGUGCUGGAAAUAUGCAAUGAAUCCGUCAUGAGUAUCGAUAUCACAGAAUUUGUGAACAUUUCUACACUACAAAAGCGUGAUCCUGGAGACUGGGAUUACCGGGAACGAAAUAUACAAGCCAGGUUCGCGGCCAUAUUUCGCCAUUAUUUUGAACCAGUUCGAACAAUAAGCGAGCAGCCUACAGAUUUGUUUUACUACAAGCCUACGAUGACCAAAUUUGCAACACACACACAGAACCAAGGCUCUAUCGAAGAAAAAAUAUCUUCUCUAAUAGAUUUGAUUGCCUUUGCUCAAAUACCAUUGCUUAUACGCCUCGAAUGCUCUUAUGAAGUAUUUUCAGAAAAAGGAAAUACAUCGGAUAAAAGUAUAACAAUCCCGAUAUCUUUUCUACCAACAUCAUAUUUAGGAAACUUUAAAGAUGGAACACCGUUUAACUUUGAAAAUCUUGCGAUCAGUGCCAAAUCCGCACCACUAGAUUCAGGGAACGUAUCUGUGUAUUUGCGAUUUGUAUGUUUAAAUAUACCACCGUCCGAUGAUUUAAACUAUACAACUGCAAUAUCCUCAGUACCACCUAUUAGAGAAUCAUUAAUAGAAUCGAUGAAUUCACAGCCUGCUUGUUUUUGGAUGCUCAAUCAAGAUCAACAAGGAGCUUUAGCAGAAACAGAAGCUCGGAUAAGAUGGUUGCUCACAGAAGAAACAAUACACGGCCUAUUGAAAGCAGACAUAAUUACGAGACCUAUCUUGGAGUAUGUGGAGUACCAGCUUGGGCAAGGAAAUCCUUUUGUAGAUUUCCCAACAUCAACUACAGUACCAUUUCACUUUGUUAAAAAUUGGGCCGAAAGUCGGCGCAGAUUCAUGGAUGAGCUGCUGAAGAGUAAAGAUGGCUCUACAACCUACUCUCUUCGCCGUGUAAACGAUUACUUUUAUGUCAGUGAAGAAAAGAUUUACAGUAUGCGCCAAAAAUCCAGUUCAUCUACCGAUACAUCACCUGCGAGUCAUGGCGAGCAAGAAUAUACCGAAUCUCCAGAAGACCGACCUGAUACGCUCAGAGAAGAUGAAGUGAUUGAUGACUUAUGUGAUGGAUUAGGAAUAAGUAUCGGACCUAAUAUUGUUGUAGAGGAAGGCACCCUUGAAAGCGAAAAGUUUAUUCCAUUCCAUUCUAGGCCACUCUAUUGGCUUAUCCUGGUACCAAAGGAUAAUUAUGUUCAAAUAUACUUUUAUUCAAAGUUCCAUACACUUAUCGAUCGUGCCGAGUUUUUACAACGUGUUAAAAAUGAUAUCACCCAAAUCCAGCACAGAACUAACCAAAUCAUGUUGUUGGAAAGCCUACAAGAAACACGUAUAUGCAGUAAAUUCCUUGAAGAACCUUCUUCAGACGAGAGUGAUCAGUUUUCCGAUUCGGACGACUCAGAUGAUCAGGAUUCUAAUAGCCCUAUACACGACAACUCAAAGACACUGCUCUCACACGACAAGUUUAAACCAGGGCAGUUUGAAUGUCCUGUUCUGUUUACGAAAAGAUUUCCUUUACAUUGGAGACUACAGCCAAACACAACUUUAAAGUAUCUCACGUCUGAUGUUUUACGGCUUUUCACGGUUACCAACAGACCUCAUAUGUUUGUAAUCGAGCGUGAUGAUUCUAUCGUAUAUUGUAAGAUAUACGAAAAGACCAAUCCAAGCUCCAAUGAUGACUUGGACAAAGCCAGCAAACUUAGCAACGCACACAUAUCUCCAGCAACAAGACAAAAUACAGAGGACAGUAUCUUUACUAGUAGUACGGGGUCUAUUAAACAGGAGUUUGGAAGAAAACCACCGCCAUCUCCUAGAAACAAGGCACCCGUGAUGAAGUCUACCGAAUUAAAAGAGCUGCUCUUAGAGGUUCAUGGUGUUGACUUACCUAUAUGGGUAGAGAAAGAAUUUGUAAACCUUAUCGAAAACCGAAUAGUGUCGCACAUUACUUUAAAUGAAGUACAGCAGUUCUUUUCUCGGAAUCCUACGACGAAGCCGACAUUAGCGGAUGUUAAAUUUAUUUUGCCGUUUGAAAAAACACCUACGAACCGAAAAGCUUUGCGUGUUCCAUCUCUUGUGCUCAAACCAUACACACUUAUGCGCUUCUUUAAGCAGACACUUGGCACUGACAAUAUUAAGCCAUUUACCGGUCCGAUUGUAUCUGAGGCUGUCGAAGGCUAUCAUGAAAAUCUUUUCCACCCAAAUAUUGGCUAUGGAAUCCAACAAAAAGGCAAAGGAACAUCGGAUAAGAAUACCGAUAAUAUGCAAGAGUUUCAAUCUAGUGAAUACUGUUUUUAUUACAAUUGCACAAAACGAGUUCCUGGGGCAUCAACACCAUUGGAGCUUUCUUCUGGUCAAGGCCUAGCUGGAAUUUGUAUCACAUUAUUAGACUCUAGUGGAAACCCUGUAGAUUUUGUUCCGACGGACGAUUCAUAUGGAACACAUUAUAACCUAGACGCUAUCCGCCAUUGCUUAGAGGAAGAUCUCCAGGAAAUCGGAGAAGAUCAAUCGUAUUAUUGUAUCUGGAUUGACAUUUGGGUUACUGGUGUAGUCGAUAGCAGCUCUUUAAUGCAGUAUAUAUGCGAUUGUUAUCAACACGCCCUUUGUGACUAUUUCAUCGAGAAGACUGUCAACCUUAGUACGACGGCUGCUCUGUCAGAAUCGGGGGCAUUGCAGCGAGCGCUUACCUCUCAUAAAAGAUGGCGUCUUGGAGAUGGUAUGCGUAAACGGUUUAUUGAAUCUAUUACAUACAUUCUUCAAAAGGCAGCUGAGUGGAAAAGCCCCACGGUGUGCUCAUUUGAUCAAUCUGUACAAACAACACCAUGGUGCAUGGACGAGUUAAUUGGAUACCUCGACUCUGAGCUCCGAAAGUUGGAUAUAUCCUUAAGACCAACUGUUGCAUGGACUUCUGUUCAAAACGACGUAUUCAAAGGUGAAACUAAGCCGAAGCCGAAUGAAAAGUGGGAGCUAUACAGAAGCUCGCACUACCCCCACAGACAAAUGCUUCAAACAAAUGUUCAGCUUGUAGCAAUCAGUGGUCUUAAUGAGCUUGUUGAACGGCUAGGCUGUGCACCAAAGACUUACGAAAUAGACCGUCGUACUAGUGCAACUAGCGAAAACUCUAGUCACCGUGGGCGCUCACGAAGAAGUUCAAAUACAUCAUCCGCAGCAGGUUUUAAUGGCAACAAAAAGCUUUUAAGGCUAGAUGACAGAGGAACAUAUGAAAACUCAAGAACAUCUAGUGCAGCAAGAUCAAUAUCAGGAAGCAAUGCUAAAGGCCAUGAAUUUCAAAAAUCCGAUCCAGUAAAGCACUGCUUCCUUGUAAUGAUUGUUGACACUGAUCGCCUUUCUACGUACACUUAUAAUUGGCCUGAUGCUGCAAGCUUGGAUAUUAUUAAUGGGAUAACCCAAAUGGCAGCCCGCCAAGAGGUUCGAAACAGUAUUCUGUCUAAUAUUCUACACCAGAAGAUGGGGCUUUUUCACCAUUCUGAGCCUAUGAGUAAGGUUGUUGAGGAAUAUGCUACUUUAUCAAAUGCACUUCCUGGGCUAUCAACGUCUUUGAAUAGCUCCACCAAUUUUCUUUCUGCGAUCCCAGCUAGUGGUCAUAUUGGGUCACCAAAACAGCAACAGAAAAAAACAAGACAAUCCGAAAUUUCUGCCAAGAAUGACAAUUCUAGCUCGACAAGAUCCUUGCGACGUAAUACAGGAAAUAGUACUACAGUAUUGCAGAGUACUUCUGAUCUUAAAGACAUUAUUGCAAAUCCUACAAUUCUUUCCAACGAUGGAAUUGAUAGUACCAGAAGUGAUUCAAUUACUUAUCCAUGUUCAGAGCUGGACAGUGUCCUCGAUGGAUCAAUUGCAGAUUCAGUAGCUGAUACUCCAACCGGAAGAGACAGAGAUGUGCUGAGAAGACAUGGCCAACCAUUUUUGGAAACUUAUUUGAAGAGCACACGGAUACAGACCGUUCAUCAAAAGGCUCUUCAGGUUCAUCUUAAAUGGAGAAAACGAUACGUGGAGUCAAAAACAGAGGUUGGAUACACAGAUAAAAUGACAUCUUCAGAGAUUGGAAUGAUUUUGCGGUCAUCGAGGAUGCUUCAUUUCUGUAGAACACCGUUACUAUUUAUCAAUCCUGAUGAAGAGUGGAAUUCUGGUGAGGAAGGGUCGCCAAACAAACAAAUUACGACAGAAUGGUACAAAAGAUUAGCAAGCUCUUUGAUGUCGGAGUACGCAAAAUACCUCGAAGGAAUAGAUAUGCAACUAGUAGACCUCACAAACUCUGAUGGUACGGCAGAAGACACAGUAAAGCCUUCUGUAUUUAAUGUCGCCAAAAAUCUUAGUAUUGAGUAUCCACCGACUUAUCUACUACGGGUUUUGGAGGGUGGAUCGAUUAUCUGCGAAGUCAGUCUGACCAGCGGAUUUGUCUCGGUGACUCUUUACUCACUUCACCGACAAUAUGGACGACUCGGCUAUAGUAGAUUCCGCCAUGAAAGUCGAAGUACAAAAAAGGAAAACUUAAAACGAUUUGAAGAAAGCUCGGGGCGACUUAAGCAGCUCGUACAUGUCAACUCUUUUGUAUAUGAUUUUCAUUUACGACAUAUUCAGAAAACACUCGAAUCGCCUCAGGACUCUGUACCGCCUGAUCUGAAUAUCUUGGAUGUGAUCCGCAAAUUCUCUAUACUCAACCUCACUCCUGCAACAUAUUCCCAAAAUCGACUUGUGCACGGUUUUUAUGAGUUUGAGUCUGAAACAUCGACCAACUUGUUCUUUGGAUGCUUAUUCCGUAAUUCACCACUUCAUGGACUGUCCAACAUACUAUCCGAUCAUGUAUCUGUGGGGGUGUCUGUAUCUAGUAGUGGCAUUUCAUUUUCAUCACAAGAUGAUGACAAAGACGCAAAUUGGAGAUACACAUUAAUUAUAUGUCCUGUGAAUGAUUCGGGACUUUCUGAUAACAGCAAGUCUUUAUCAAAUGAACAGACACCACAGUCUUCCAAGAUUCUUCUGGAAUACUUUAUUCUGGUUAUUUAUCAGGGAUCAACUACACCCAAGAAUAUAGCUGAAGUUAAUCAAAAAGGAUCGUCAUCAAAUCUUCCUUAUGACAUGCUUCACCCAGAAAAGGAUCACUCACAAGAAGAUAUAAUACAUAACGCACGAAGAAGAAUCGAUGCGAUUGUCUCAGAGGUCACUUUUUACUGCAAACGCUCUGACGAUUGGAGGAAGCUGUAUUCUUUCAAGAUCGACCAUCAAAAGGACGAAGCCUUUUUGGAAGAGCAGUAUUCCAUCCUUAUCAAACUCAUGUCCAAGUUUGAGAGAACAGACAUAACCGAGGUGGAUAGUAAUAUGAAAAGCAUUUUGUGCUUGCGACUCGACUGGAACUCUGCGCUAGAUAUGAUAGCAAGCACAAAAGGGAACAUUGUCAAAGAAAUCCGGGAGAGGGACCGUCGACAUAUGUUUUUGUACAGCGCAAGAUAUAUGGAUUUUAUGAUUCAUCUACAAAUAGAUCAAGGGGUGCUGAUCAAGGGAUGGGUGGUAAACCGGGAGCCUAGAAAUGUAGCUAAAAUGUACAGAGAGCCAGAAAGAGAGCAAAUCGCAAGUAUUGGAAGGGCCUUGUGUUAUUUCAUUUGGUUAGAGACAACAAACAAACAGGCCUAUCUCUCCCGUUCAUCGUCCAACCGCUCAACAUAACCAUAGUCAUAAAACACUGUAAAAUUUGUAAAUCUGUAAAUCUGUAAAUUCACCUUUUAUCAUUGCAAUAAGAAUACAUACAUAUAUAUAAGGAUUAUAAUUCAAUGC